AUGGCGUCGGUCGGCGAAUCAGCAUGGACGAUCACUUCCGGCGGAAACGGAACUAACCUGACAGCGCCGCUGACGGCCGAGAUGGGCACGGGACCGGAAGUCAUCAUCAUCCCUCUCGUCUUCCUAGUCAUCGUCAUCGGCGGUUGCUUCGGCAACAGCCUCGUGAUCGUAGUCAUUCUCAAGAAUCGCGAUCAGGGGAAGAACACGACUAAUCUGUUCAUACUCAACCUCAGUUUCGCCGACCUGCUUUUUCUUCUCUUCUGCGUGCCCUUCCACGCGUGGAUCUACACGCUGCCAGACUGGAUCUUCGGCGAGUUCGUCUGCAAGGUCGUGCACUUCGUGCAGUACUGUUCGAUGCUUGCUAGCGUCUUCACGCUCGUCGCCAUGUCGAUGGACCGCUGUCUGGCGAUCGUCUACCCGCUGCGGUCGAUGCGAAUUCGCACGCCAGGUGUCGCUCUGCUCGUCUGCGGGGUGAUAUGGCUGAUGUCGUGCGCGACGUCGUUGCCGUGGCUCGUCGUCUUUCAGAUCACGAGCGUGAUCGACGGCGGCGUCGCGCUGGAGUACUGCGCCGACGUGUGGACGAACCUCGAUCACCGCGCCAUCUACCUGCUGAUGUUUUUCGUGCUGGGCUACGCCGUCCCGUUCGCGCUCAUGCUCGUGCUGAACCUACUCAUGGUGCGCCAGCUGUGGAUUUUCUCCGGUCCGAACGGUCCGACCGUCGAAUCGAUACGGAACCGGAUGAAAGUGACACGCCUCGUCAUCAGCGUCGUCGUCGUCUUCGGCAUCUGCUGGCUGCCGUCGCACGUCGCCACGAUGUGGUUCAACUUCGGCACGGUGAACUGGAGCGACGAGCGCACGAUCCGGACCGUGUACAUAUUCCGGAUCUUCACACACAUGCUCUCCUACGUCAACUCGAGUUUGAAUCCGCUCAUCUACGCGCUCGUGUCCGGUAACUUCCGAAAAGACGUCAAGCGCGCCUUCACGAGAAAGCCGCCAGGUGGCGCGCUGACGAGUCAAAAUGGCCGCAGCAUGACGUAUAAAUCUUUCCGUAGCAACGAGCGCGUCGAACGGACGAUGGGCGGCGCGACAAACUCGACGCAGAUGUGA